CAAUUUAAUUGGUUCAUUAAAAAGAGUACUGAUAAAUACGCAAUUACGUUGCAAAUUUAUUACCAGACCGACUAAUUACACUUCAAGGAUUCCCCGGAUGCGUCAAAACUAAUUAGAAAAUAAUCUUUGAAAAUGAGUCAUUUUGAUUCGAUUACUUAAGAAACGUAACUAAAAUAGCAAAAGCAAAAGCAAAAGUAAACACACAACAAAAGCAGAAUUAGGUUAAGGGGAUUAUAAAAGACAUAAUUAUUUAGUAACACCCUGUAUAUGCAUGGCUUCACUAAAUCCGCCCACUUUUAGCAUCAAAUUACUGUAAAUUGAGAAAAAACACAUUCAAUCUUCAGUCAAAAUGUGGUACACAUCAAUUUGUGUUUUCGUUAUAAUUUUGCAAUGGAAUAAUGCAGUUGGAAUGAUAAAAGUAUGGACUGAAAAUUCGUUCGUUUCGAACCCUCGUAACUGGGAGGGUGGCAAGUAUUCAAAGGGUUGUAAAGGAGUUAUUAUGCCUGAGCAAUCCAAGGCUCCCUUGAUCAUGGACCGAUUAUCCACCUCUCAAAUUAUUCUACCGACGAAUGGGGUCGUUGAAAUAUGGGAUGAAAUAGAAAUAAACCCCUGGAGUACUAAAUGUAUUAGAAUGAGGGAAAUGAACUACAUUCAAUGGCUAACUCCAGAUUACUGGUUAUUGUACCAUUACGAUAGACAGAACGAUAGCAAGCCCAGCAUGCCUCAUGUUGAAAGGGUUCCAUGUCAUUCUGACAUUGUCGCUUUUUCUGCAUUGCACCCCUUUGCAAUUGAAUUGCCCCCGGUGGAUGUCAUGAUACUUUCCGUCAUGUUCGUUGAAUUAUCCGAUAUACCAAUGUAUUACAUAGACAACAGCGACUUUCACGAAUUUAUGUACAACACCCAUCUGGGACGAACGCUAUUUUCAAGAAAUGAUAGCUAUCCCGUAAUCUCAGUGGACAUAAAUCCAAAAGGAAAUUGCAAGCAAAAGCAGGGAUGCUUCUGUCACAAAAUGGACGACGAUUACAUCAUAAUUGAAAAGACAGUUUGCGAAAACUUAAAAGAACCAGAACAUCCAACAAACUGCUUGUUUCCAAUAAGACCCAUCGGUCAUUGCAGAGACAUUUGUGGGGGAACUGUCCUACUUGAACAUGAUGCCGAUUUCAAAUUUAAUGAUGUACAAGACACAAUUUUACCAGACGAUUAUGUCGACAGUUACAUGAGUAACGUUUUAAUAGAUGAAAAAACCUACUCGCAAAUUGUUUUUAGAGAAAAAGAAAGUGAAUACAACGAAUUGAGUUCUCAAAAAGCGAAAGAAUUUUAUGAAUCCAUAAUCGAGAAUCAAAGUAAAUUUGGGAUCAAAUCUGUACGAAUCGAAUUAUCUGGAGAAUAUUAUUUGAGAAAAUCUUACAUUGGCCAUUCCUUUUCAAUUUUUUUUGGAACUUUAUUAGCUGCAGUAAUUUUUUUCGUCAUCAUAUUUGCUUUGUUCAUGGGACCACAGAGAUUUACCAUUUCGAAUGUGAGAAUACCUUGGCUGGACAAUGGUAAAGGUAAUUAUCAUUAUCAACAAGAAACGACAACAGACGAAGGAAGGCCUUUCAUGUUUGCCCGUUUUGAGAACAAGGAUGAAGGACGUUUGUCUUUGGCACCGUCUGUAGUUAGCUUAGACAAGACUUUCGAAAAUCCGUUAUUUGGAAAAGAAAUUCAACCAUCUGCAAGUGCCUCCUGUGCCACCCUUGAUCCUAUUACAGAAAAAGAUUUAGGAGAUAGUGGUGUUGAAAGAUCAACAUUUGAACUUCAGUUAACAUCUGCCAAAAAUGUUGAUUUAAAUGAAGCUGACAAUAAGGUAUGAAAAUGUCAUAUUUUUUUUUUUAAUAUUUAAAU